GCGUCCCACUAGCUUAUUCCAGUUCUCACGAUGCGACUUACGUUCCCUCUUGCUCUGUGUGCCCUGGCCGCACUCUGUGUUGCAGGCUCUCUAGACAAACUACUCCGCUUCCCGGAGGAGUUGUCAACAAGUAACUUCGUGAUCCUAAAACCUGAUCUCAGUGCUGCACAACAGGAGUUUUCUGUCUGUACUUGGCUCAAGAAAAGGCUUGAUCAGAGCAGACUCGGGGUUCCUUGGUUCAGCUACGCAGUGGCAGGUAAAGAUAACUCCAUCCUUCUCAAGGCAGCUCGUCAUCACCACAUCACCACAAAUGUCAGACUGUUUAAUGUGGAGUACGACACUACGAUUAUGCGGGACGAAUGGUACCACCUCUGUUUCGCCUGGAAAUCUGGAAGAGCAGACUUCUACAUGAACGGAGUGUGGGUUUACAUGAGUGGAGUCCACCCUACAGGGCAGAUACCACUAGGCGGUACUCUGGUCUUAGGACAAGAACAAGACACUCCGGGAGGAUCUUUUGAUAUAAACGAUGUGUUUGCAGGCGACAUGUACCAGCUGAACGUGUUUAAGAAGAAACUGACGCUGGGGGAAGUGACCGAGAUGUACUACAACGGACGCUGCGCAGAUCUGUGCCGCGCACUUGCGUACGAGGUGGUCCUCAGUUGGGAUGACAUUUUAAAGAAGGGAGUGAAGAAAGGAGACGUAAGGGAGGAGGAUAGCGAGUGUAACAACUGGGGCCUUGUGAGCGACGUGGCUGACUUGCUGGUUCAGCAUCUCAACACAAGACCUCGUUAAAUGAACUGACUUUGGUCAAUGAAGUUUUGCCUUAGUAGCCGUAGUUAAUGGUUUUAAUAGUUAAUAGUUGUAUUUUACUUUAGAAAAAAAAAAUUAUAUAUACAAAUUUUUUUUUAAAAAUCAUAGUUUAUAUUAUAGUUUUUGUCAAAAAUGUUAUGUAGAUGAUUCUCAAAAUAAAUUUUCUUUUGAAGAA